CUAUAUCUAUAGUCAGUUGCGCGAGGUAAACGGUUUGUACCUAAGCUCGGAUUUUUUUCGUGGAGUCAACAUAUUUUUUGAGUGUUGUUAUUGCAGGUACUGUUACGGCAAUAGUGAAAAUCCACUACUUAGUGACUUUCGAUGGAAAAUCUGUUGGAAAUUGUUUUUCGGAAAAUACUUGCAUAGGUUAGAAAGUGCGUUUUCGUAAAACAUUUUAGUGCAUCCAGCAUAGUGACUUCAUUAGUGGAAAAAUGAUCAUGAUGGACGUUACAAGUAUGUACGGUCAAUCGUCGGCGCCAUCCUACAAUUCGUCGGAUACGAACUAUUAUAAUAAUUAUGGAAAUUCCUCUAGUGAUCAUUCUAUGGCUCCUCACCAUCAAUAUUCUGGAGGGCCUGUUGGUGGCUAUCCUGGUGCGGUUGGGUAUCAUGGAGGUAGUUUGUAUGAUGAGGCUACCUACCUUUAUGGUGUGGGUGGUGCUUCAACCGACUCCGGGGUAGAAACACCUCCGUCACCGCAAGAACCUCACCUCUACCCUCACCAGCAAAACCCACCAUCAGAAAGUUCUAUUAUAAAUACAGAAACAGGCCUGAGUUAUACCAACUUGGACUAUGCAAACUCCAAUAAUGCGAUGUAUCCACAUCAAUCGGGCUACAGCGAUGAAACUUACGCCUCCAUCAGGCCCCCUCAUGAUCUCUUUUUGCGGCACCAUGACGAUUCUAGUGAUGGCAGUUAUCAGUAUUUGCAUGACACGAAAUAUCAUCCGCAUCAGAUGGAAGAGGGAUACCAUCACCACCAUCACCCGCAUAUUGUAUCAUCUGGACAGGGUAACAUGGGAUGUAUGGAUUUUCAGCUGCAAACAAGAUAUAAAGAAGAAAUGAUGGGAAGCGAUGGUAGACUGAGACAGCAUCCUGGUAUGUCAAACAUAAGCGGUAAUCAACCUCAGCACCCAGUUAUACCAACUUACAAAUGGAUGCAAGUUAAACGAAAUAUUCCUAAACCAUCCGCUCCAAAAGUUCCUAAUGUCAACCUCGCAGAGUACUCUACUGCAGGUCAAAAUAGUCCAAAUAUGGAUCCCCAGAAUCCUGCAGCUAGAAAUGCCUGUUUGGGAUCAAAUGCCUCUAGUCUUCUUAGUAUAAAUUGUCUAAACACUGGCCGAACCAAUUUUACCAAUAAGCAGCUGACUGAGCUGGAGAAGGAGUUUCACUUUAAUAAAUAUCUAACGAGAGCAAGACGAAUUGAGAUAGCCUCGGCACUGCAACUAAAUGAGACCCAAGUAAAAAUUUGGUUUCAAAAUAGACGAAUGAAACAGAAAAAGCGAAUGAAAGAAGGACUUAUACCACCAGAGCCAAUAGUCAAUGUGCGAAGCUCUAGCAGCUCGCCAACUUCCACUAGCGCGUGUCUUCAAUCCGAUACAGUGCCUGGUAGUAAUGAAAAUAGUAGAGAAUCAAAUAAUUGAAUUUCAUUUAAGUAAAAAAAAAUAAUUUUCUGCAAAAUAAGUUUUUUAUAUUCGAAAAAUUGUCUUUUUAAAAGAAACUUUACUGAACGAUAUUAAAAAAAUCUAUUGGCAUUAUGGAAAAUCAAGAUUUAUUGAUCAUUAUCAAUAUAGUGUCAAGUUUUUAUUUUUCACUUUUCAAUUGUUGAUUUUUUCUAUGAUUUAAUUAAUUAAUUCCAAUUCUUUAAUUUUUUGCUUAUAUAUUUUUCUUAACAAUUUUUUUAAAAAAUUGUAAAAGAGAUUUAUCCUCUAGAAGAUACUAAAUAAAUCUAGAUCCUCUCUCAUAUAUUGACAUAAUAUAUCGAGUGAUAUCAUGUAUUUUUUAUUCCAAUACUCAUUCCUAUAUAAUUUUUAUAUACAUCAAAUUUUUAUUUAUACGAGAUGAUUAAAUUUAAAUUACAUAUUCUCGGGGUCAAAAUAAGACUAAUAUGCGACCUUAAAUUCACUCCCUCCAACCUAAAGCUAUUGCAAAUUGCAAUAGAAACGUAUAUUAUGAAUUAUGGCUGCAAUUAGGCCUCAAAUGCUUUCAAAAUUUAUAGGUAAUUAUUUAUUGAAAUAAUAAUCGUACCGAUAAGUCACAAAAUUUUUUCAUUGAGGGGAUGAAUUUUCGAAUGCAUUUUUAAAGAAAAAAAACUCUUAUUUUAACCCUAGGACAUAUAUUUUUUUUUCUUUUGUUUUAUAACAUCCGGUUUAAUUAGAAUUCUAUCGAAUGAUGGAUUUUUAGGUAAAAAUCCAAAUUUAUUUUAAUUAAAUAACGGUAAAUCAUUUAUAAAUUUACACCUAAUAAUUUAUAUACCAGGUUACUUAUUAAAACAUAAUCUUAGUUUUUGCAUAUGUACAAAAGUUGAUAUGUACAAAUAUUUUAAAAUAACUAGUUUGGUGAAUGCGCUAGGCUAUGGUGCCCAUGUAAAGUAUACUAAUAAUAUUCGUAAUCGCCAAAGACUCUUUUAUAAAUUAACAAGUGAUAAAAUGAAAUUAUAAGUUAUUAAUAUAAAAGUAAUAUAAUUGGUAAAAUGUAUAGUAAUUUUAAACUCAAAUUUCUCUAGGUCUUAUCAAAAUACGUAAAUUUGGUGAUGUACGUACGUUGUGUAAAAAAAAUUAGUAAAAUUUUUAUAAUUGGAAAUAAAAUAUCAUGUGUGAAUGUUAAAUAUUUUCGUUUUAUUCAAAGAUUUAAUCUGUAUUUGAAAAUCUUAAAAAUAUAUAUUAAGACAUUAUUUUGUAAAUAUGCAGUUUGUAUAUAGUUAAGUGUAAUGUAGAUUACUCAGGGCUGUACUAUUGUGUAUUAUGUUAUGGUAAUAAAUAAUUUUAAAAUCA